GAUUAUUGAUUUCUUUUUGUGAUUAUACGAGAUCCUUUAAAAAUGUUAAUAGAAGCCAAGUGAUUGUGAGAGAGUUAAGAAAGCAUAAGCAAUAGCUAAACAAUAUUUUAUUUUAAGUUUUUUUUUCUUUUAUUUGUUUUUCUUUUAACAUACGAGAUUAACUUUUGCCGGCAUUUGCACCAAAGUGGCUAACCUUUCUCAGGUGGUAAUUCAACAUGGAGUCGGCUGGUGAUUGGUGUCUUAUAGAAAGUGACCCGGGUGUUUUCACACAACUCAUCAGAAAAUUUGGUGCCAGCGGUGUUCAAGUUGAGGAACUUUGGACAAUUGAAGAUGGCAUAUUUGAAACGCUGAGGCCUGUGCAUGGACUCAUAUUCUUGUUCAAGUAUCUACAACAUGAAGAACCUGCUGGUCCAAUUGUGACUGACAGUCGUCUCGACAAGAUUUACUUUGCCAAACAGGUUAUAAAUAAUGCCUGUGCUACACAAGCAGUGAUUAGUCUGCUCUUGAACUGCGAUCAUCCUGAUGUUGACUUGGGUCCAGAACUGAGCAGCUUGAAGGAAUUCAGCAUGUCUUUUGAUGCCAAGAUGCGUGGCCUGACACUUAGCAACUCUCAGACUAUACGCAGUGCUCACAACUCUAUGGCACAACAGACUAUCUUUGAGUUCGACCCAAAAACAGCUUCAAAGGAUGACGAAGCAUAUCACUUCGUUGGCUACAUGCCAAUAGAUGGGCGCCUCUACGAGUUGGAUGGCCUUCGCGAAGGUCCCAUUGACCACGGCCCCAUUGCCCCGGAACAGGACUGGCUCGAUGUUGUCCGGCCAAUUAUUGUGCGCAGGAUUAACGUAUACACUGAGGGCGAGAUUCACUUUAAUCUCAUGGCCCUUGUAUCUGACAGGAAGAUGAUCUAUGAGAGGCAGCUUCAAGACCUAAUGGCCGAAUCUCAGAUGAUGGGAAUGGAAACUGAUGAGAUGGAAAAUGAAAUUCCAAGACUCAGAAUGUUGAUUGAGUAUGAAGAUGUGAAAAUGAUGAAGUAUAAACAAGAAAUGGCUCGUAGGAGGCAUAACUACUUGCCAUUUAUAAUUACACUUCUUAGAAUAUUAGCAGAAGAGAAGAAGCUGCUGCCACUGCUCGAGAAGGCCAAGGAGCGUGCUAAUAAAAAAGGCCCGAAGAAACAAAAAGUAUAACAUUUGCCUGGGGCUGGACAGCGGGUCGAACGCGCGCGUAGUUCGCGGCGUGACUCGCAGUCCAGCCCCUCGCGCGUGUUGCCCGCCGCCGAACAUUAUUCUCUAGCAGAUUUAGAUUCCAUAUAUAGAGAUCCCCAAGACUUAUUGUUUAAUAUAGAACCACAGCAAAUUUUAGAACAAGCCAUGGUGGAAUCCCAUGAAGUGUUAGAUCGUUCCAUUUUCGCGCACGCGGUGACUCGUAAUAAUCAUGUGUUAGACUCUGAUGAUAGUAAAGACUUUUUAGGUGAUUCGACUUCACAAACCGGUUUAAUAUCUGAUAACAUUGAAACUGAAGACAUGGAACUUGACACAGACAUUGCGCAAGAAAUCGAUCCUCUGUUGGACGUGAAGCCACCCGAACCUGAUUUUGAUACGGACUAAAGUCUUGCCAGUAGGCAGUGUUAGUUUAAAGUGUAAAAGUGCGAAAAUAAGUGAAAUAUUAUAUUAAAAAUACAUUGACGAACAUUACCUAGUAAUAACAUAGUGUUGUUGAGUGUAUUCGGCUAAAACUUGCGUGCUUUGUAUAUAAAAAAGCUUUACAAAAUUGUAAUGUAUCUAUAAAUUCAUCAAAGUAUAAGAUAUACGUCUGGGGUAUUGAUGUAUUUGGUUAUAAUAAAACUGCAGAAUUAAAAA